AUGCUCGCCGCAACCAUCGUCACCGCCCUCGUUGGCAGCUCCAUCGUCGCAGCUGCCCCUGCCGAUAUCUCAGCUCGCCAGGUCGCUGCCCAGAGCGUCAUCUGCAGCGGUACAUACAGCAAUGCUCAAUGUUGCGCGACCGACGUCCUCGGUGUUGCUGACUUGAACUGCGCAAACCUACUGACAAUGAAUCUUUGCANNGCACCAAGCACUCCCACCAACGAGACUGACUUUAUCAACAUUUGCGCUACCGAGGGCCAACAGGCUCGUUGCUGCUUGUUGCCUAUUGUGAGUUGUGUGGUGCUGCGCUUAGACGAGUCGAGACUAAUAUCUUUGCUUUUAGNNCUUGGUCAAGCUCUGCUGUGUGGUUCGCCUCUGGGUUAA